GAUUUAGUUGAACGCAUCUAUUAUUGUUUUGACGUUUCUUUUUUUCGAUUGCUAAAAUGACGUGGAGUAAUAGGUUAUAAAUUUGUUUUACAUCCUAUUUACUAAAUAAUUAGAUCAAUUUAAGGCCCUCAAGGGCCUGUGUAUUAGAGAAUUUCAUCUUGAUUUCAAUUCACCAAUAUGAUUGAGAUAUCGGACACUCAAAAAAUUGGUGUUGGCCUGGCGGGGUUUGGUAUGACAUUCCUAUUUCUUGGAGUCCUCUUGUUAUUUGAUAAAGGUCUACUUGCUAUUGGAAAUAUUCUAUUCAUCAGUGGUCUAGCAUGUGUGAUAGGUCUGCAGCGGACGUUUUUCUUCUUCUUCCAACGGCACAAAAUUAAAGCGUCAGUUGCAUUCUUUGGUGGUAUCACCGUGGUAUUACUCGGCUGGCCUAUGUUUGGCAUGAUAGCAGAGAUAUAUGGAUUCCUUUUAUUAUUUAGAGGUUUCCUACCUGCGGCAGUUAAUUUCCUCCGAAUGGUUCCAGUGUUGGGUUCUCUACUUAAUUUACCUAUUAUAAGAGGGAUUGUGGACAGAAUAGCGGGCGACAACGGCCGUAAUAUGGAUGAUGCAACAAUAUGAAAAUACGAAGAACAAAAAUCGAAGACAUUCCAAGAAUAUGUAAAAUCCGAAUUUAUGUUUUGAAUAAAACCAAUAGCAAUUUUAUAACUUUAUUUU